AUGAGGAUUGCUCAUACACUCUUGGCAAUAUUUCUAAUAAGAUGGGUAAGGUGUGGAGAUAGUGAUGGAAAAGGAGUAGUAAAGGGAGCAGAUAAACAAAAUCCUCCUAAGCCCACACACCCAGCAAGUUCAUUGGCUUCCAAAGUAGAUGGGUCACUGUUCAAUGUUGAAGAGUCCCUUGAGGGCAAUGUUCCAGUUCUCAAGCUCACAUCCAAGAAGAAUGCUAAGGCUACUAAGCUCACAUUUGAUGGUCAGACAGUUUGGGAAGAUGAUAAUAAACUAUGUCUCUCAGCUGUCUCGUAUCUGGACGAAGGAAAGCCUACCAUGACCGCCAUAAAAGCUAAAGGCGUUAAGGGUGGUGCUAAUUUUACUCUCUACAGAUACCAUGAUGGUAACGAGUGGAAAGAUGGUAAAGAAGAGGACCACAAGAAGAAGCUAGAGGAUCUAAAGGAGAGAUGUAAACCUGGAGAAACUUUAGACCUUUCUAACCCGGAUACCUCCAAGUUAGAUGUGCACACAGAAAAUGCAUAUGGAGUGUCAUUAAAGGAGUAUACUCCAAAAAGUGCCUUCCACAUAUCCUCUCUGACUGAUGGUGAUAAGGAACUAUGGAAAGCUUCUGGAGAUGGCCAAAAGUGUAAACUUGUAGAGUCUUAUUCUAAGGGUGCUCUAGAACUUCUUUACCUGGAGACCUCAGAGAGUACUGGAACUAAGUUUAACUACUUUGAGAAGACUGAUGGUAAAUGGAAGGAUAUCACCGAGAAGGAUUUUAAUAGUAAAUUCAAAGAAAUAGCUCAAAAGGGGAAUUAA